GUAGUGCCUCCUUUUACUAAAACUGCGACUGCGCCGUGACCCCGUUGUAGUGUACAACAACGUGUCAUACGAAGAUGAGAAAGCCGAUCGUGCGCAUUUUUGUAUCCCCCUGUGUGUUGUUUUGGCUUACUUCUAGGCCCAGGGUACAGGCAGCGACGAGAGAAACGAGCGGCCCUGAACAACAACCGGGCGUGACAUAUAAUCGGUUAGAUCCCCCGGACGCAGACAAGCGGAACUUGCACCAGCGGCAAAACCCGCCACAACGUCAACAAGACAAAGGCGGGGUGCUGUCGCAACAUGAUGGUGGUAUCGCUAGCGCUUUUAGUGGACUUGCUGGCGCAUUUAGUGCAUUUGGUGGUCUUUGGCCACAACAUGAAGUCCCCGUGGUUGACGUUUCAGAUCCAGCCACCUCAAAUGACGUGAACCUUCAGAAUGACGACGACGACCGGAUGAAUUACGAGCAUAGCCCCUACUAUGUGAAGGUGUUUGAAGAGUUAGAAGACGGGAGGACGGAAUACCACAAGGUGAAGGUCCACGACAGCUUCAGUGACCGGAAUUUCGACCGUCUCCUUGCCCGUGAAAUGCCCCAGGUGGAAACUACACUGAAAAUCGUGGAUAAAGUGAUGGAGCGUUCCAAUAUCAUCAGCGAAUCGUCAAAAGUGGGCUUGAAUACUUUAGAAGCGCACAUCAAUUAUGAGCUGGACAAAAUGCGCAUGGAGAAUAGCAAAAUGCGCACGGAGAAUAGCAAAGAACAACACGAGACAAAGAUGAAGUUGAAGGAUUUCGAGAUGGCUGCUCAGAAGAUGGAUGGUGUUGAUGCUCUCGUGAAGGAGGUCAAGGAAGAUGUGAGGUCCAGGUUUAAAUAUGAAGGAAAAAUGGGUGAUCUUGUUUCGGAAUCGUGACUGCUACUGCUACUCUACGGAUAUGCGUUUUUUAUAUGAAAACUAGUAUCCUAUCAAUCUACUCCCAUGUGAUGCAUUGUCGUACUUGGACAAGGUUGUUUUGCAGGGGCUUUUCAUCUCCCACUUACUUUGAAGCGCGUUGCGCGAGCUAUCCAUUUUCUUGAUGGCGAGUGAGACUUGCAGUAGCGCUCGGGCAGCUCGGCGCGGCGGUUUCGUGGUUGGUCCUCCUAGCGCCUAUUAGACUCAAGGAGUUGUUUGGGGUCACGCUAACUCUGUAUCAGUUCCAGUAGUAUUUAUGGGUCGGAGAACGAGAAUCAACUUAUUAGGAUUGCGUUCUGGCCUCGUCUUAACAAUCAACCGACCUGUUUCGCUUUUAAGCCGGCACUUUUAGCGAAAAUUAUCUAGGCCCACGCGGCGGGGGCGGCUUCGGGAGCAGGACGACUUUGAGCAUAGUGUCUGCAACGCAAAAAAUGCAGUUCGAGCUGUGAUUGUGAUACUUAGAAGUUUUCGCUUUCACAGGCCUAGGGUGGUUCACUACUGUUCAGCCGCGCGCAUCGACAGAGUGCCAGCGAAAGGGCCGAGCCAGGAUCGGUGCAAGGGUAAAACCAAACACGAAAAAAGAAAAAUUUAUCGCCGGGAUUCGUGGUAGCAGAGAUAAAUCGCAUCAAAUUCAAAAGCGCUAUCCCAGAUGGGGUAGGUAGCGAGCGUGCGCAAAGGCAAACUUCCACCAGCCUCGCGAAGCGCCCGCGGCCCAUCUAGCGCCUGCACAUGCCGGGGGUGUGGUUUGUGAGCCUCCCACAGAUGAAAAAGGGAGAUGAAUCGUGAACGUAUCUAUACCUUUUGCAGCGCCUUCAGAUUAUUUUUUUACUUACUGUUACUUCGGCGGCGGCGGUUCGUUGUCGUUCGGGGUUGGCAGCGCACCUUUCUGCUGGAUCAUCUACUUCGUCCCUUCCAUAGUAUCGACCUAGCUCUCGAUGUUCGAAGGCGUGGCGAGUCACAGGAACGCAUGAGUGAAAUCGUCGAUGAGCAAGCGAAAGAGAUCGCCGAUCUGAAGGAGCAAGUCACGGCCUUGGCAGGCGGACUCAACAAGGAGGUGGCGUCGUUGAAGAGCCAGGUUCACGGCCGCCAAAGCGAUCCAAGAACGGCUGAAUAA